GGCUCAGUGGCGGAUCUGGGUGCAGGGGGGAUCUGGAUACAAGGGUAAUGGGACUCUACAGGGGAGUCCAGGUGAAGGUGGUUAGGACUCAGCAGUGGGGUGUCUGGGUGUUGUGGGGAUAGCAAAGAGGAGGGAGCAAGAAAUCUGCAGGGGACAUAAACUCUGUGCAUGCGCAUUGGUGCAGAAUUCCCUCAGGAGUACUUUAUCUCACGAUAUGUGUGUUCAUCUUUUUUUGGGUGCCCGACUUGAGACUGGGGUCUGAUUUGCAGGAGUGCUGAGCAGUCACAGCUGCAGCUGAAGUCAAUGGGAACAGUAUUUUGAACAUACAAAGUGUUAUAUUGCAAAGUACUCUGAAAAAUUGUCUCUCUAAGGCCAGUAGCGACAGUUAUGGAAGGAAAUGGAAAAACUUCUGCAUCAAGUCAUGUGAAAUUUCGCAUACCAAAGAAGAAACCAAACACAAAGUCAGAGGAUGUCCACGUUCAGUCCCCUUUGUCAAGGCUCACAGACUCCCACCAAUGGGACUGCCCUUUACAAGAGUGGAAAUUAAGGGCAAGAAAUCAAGCGCCUUAUCCACAGUGGAAAAGACAAAGGGACUUUGACAGACCCAGCUUCAUUGGCGAAGGACCAGCAAUUGGGCAACCCAAAGUUAUGUUGACGAAUGUCCUGAGGACAGAAAUAGGAAGAAAAUACACACAGAGCCAGCUUAUAACUGAUGCUAAUUUAUCUGAUGUUGACAAGUUGCAAUCAGAUCGACCACCUUCAUCAUCCGUUGCCAGCCUAGAGAUAUUGCAAAUAUUAAAUCCUCCUCUCCAAAGCCUUUUUAUAUCCAAAAGGCAACCCAAAGUUAUUUUGAAGAAUGUCCUGAGGAUGAAAAUUGGAAGAAAAUACAUAAAGAGACAGCUUAUAACAGAUGCUAAUUUAUCUGAUGCUGACAAGUUGCUAUCAGGUCAACCACCCUCAUCAUCUGUUGCCAACUUGCAGACAUGUCACAUAUUAAGUCCUCCUCACCAAAGCCCUUUUAUAUCUAAAAGGAAUGAAUGGCGCCAGAAGAAGACAGAUGACAGUCUUCUGAAAUUGUCUGAACCUUCUAAAGAAGCAGAAAGCAAUAAUGCUCUGUUUACUGUACGAAGAUAUGACCAGCAGAAGAAAGAAAACAAGGAAAGCGAUCAACAAGAUAAAGAAAGCAAAACCUUGAACUAUACCUCUUUUGGUUUGAGGGAAGCAAGUUGUCUGAAUUCUGAGAAGAGGAAAAGAAGAUUUAGUGGCCAUUUUCCUGAUCCAUGUAAUGCAAGUUCCCCUGGAAAAGUACCAUCGUCAUAUAAAGAACGAAGGAUAAUUUCAACCCAGGGCCACAGAUCUGACCUGAUUCAGGAAAAUAUUUCCCUGGUUGUAGAGGCAGCAUGUAAAGAAACAUCCAUCCAAGACCAUUUGGAACCAGCUCUCACCUGUGCAAAGGAACGCUGCUCAGAGGCUCCUCCCAGGAGUUCAUUGCAGAAGCAGUAUUCUGCCACCAGUGAGGAUGUGAGGAUUUCCCCACUAGUUGGCACUGCUGGUAAACCAAAGAUGGACAUGUCAGAGUAUCUGAGCAAGUUGCGCAACAGAAUCUGCAAGGACAAUCAGUCAUUUGUUUCAGCUGAACCAAUUGUUCUUUCCAGCGACGAUGAAGGAUCUUCUGAACCAAAAGAUCCAGAAAAGCUGGAUCUGCAGCCUGUGUAUGAUGACACAACCGAUAAUAAAGAAACAGAGCAAGAGCCUGAGUUACCUUUGGCAGAAGAGCUAUUGCAAGAUGUAACUGAAGAUGAGGAGCAGCUUUGUGUUUCAGCUGAACCACUUGAAGAUAACUCUUCCACAGACUUACCUUCCUGUAACACAUCCAGUAAACAGAUGGGGCCAGCAUUAGAUAUUAAGAUUACUACGCUGUAUAUAGGAAACAUAAAAGGAAUGCCAACAGGUUGUGUUACGUUUACUACAAGAUCUAUUACGAUCCCAUUUCAAGUGGCUCCUAAUAAGAACAUAGAGUUGUCAGUGGAUACCAUACACCUAAGAAAGUUUGGCCUGUGGGGGAAUAAUGAAGAUUGUCACUCUUCAAGGAGUAGCACUUUCAUUUUCCUUUGGCUGUCUGCAGACUACGUAGAAAAGAUUGAAACCCAAUUAGAAAAGUCUGUUUUAAGCAAGCCAUCCAAAUCUAGCGAAUUUGUUUUCCUGGAACUCUUCCAACCGCUCACAGAAGGAGAACAGAUUAAGCUGAAUGAGAUGAUUGCAGAAGUGAGCAAGAAAAACAGGUCACCAGAUCUCUCUGACUUCUUGUCUUGGAAGCAGGCAUUACCUUUGUUUAAGGACUUGUCGCCUGAGGAAAGCUCCUUUAUGAAUUGUGGCCAGGCUUCAUUUCAGCAGCAGACUCAGAAGGACAGCGCUCCAGUUCUUGUGAACCCCCUACCUGAUUCAUUGGAGUCAAGUCGCUUACUGCCGCAGGAACCAAAAGCAAAUGUCACCAAGCCAAGUUAUGCUCUGUUGCAGAAGCAAAAUGGUGGUUGUUAUUCCAUUGCUCUGUCAUCUAAGUCAGAUGAUGAGUGGAAAGAAAUAAGAGAAACUGGACCAGUUCGGAAUUUGAUUGUUUAUCCUCCCCCUCCCACAAAAGGAGGACUGGGUGUCACAAGAGAGGAUCUAGAGUGUCUAGAGUAUGGAGAAUUCCUCAAUGAUGUCAUCAUUGACUUCUAUCUUAAAUAUCUCUUGUUGGAGAAAGCACCAAAGCAGCUUGCUGAGCGGUCGCAUAUUUUUAGCAGCUUCUUCUAUAAGUGCCUGACCAGGACAGGAAAGAACUCUGAAGAAGAUCCCAAACUGUCAGUGGCACAAAGAAGACAUAAAAGAGUAAGAACGUGGACUCGACAUAUAAACAUCUUUAAUAAAGAUUAUAUCUUUGUGCCUGUUAAUGAGGAGUCUCACUGGUACAUUGCAGUUAUUUGUUUUCCUUGGUUAGAAGAAGUGGUAUAUGAGGACUGUCCAAAUCAGGGGUCACUGCAGUCCCAGACUCGGCAAUCCCCACUUCAGGCCGAAAAGAAGAGAGAAACAGUUAGAGCCAACACAGUGCUGGUCUUCAAUGAUAACUGGAAGAAUAAAGAAGAACUGGAUGUAAAGAGCAAUCUGCACUCAGAAGGUAAAGAUCAUCAUGCUUCGUCUCCAAACUUGGAGUCAAAUCAUUAUGAAAGCUCUUUAAGUAAUUGCAAAUUAAAGAAAGUUUGUAAAAGGCCUUGUAUACUCAUCUUGGAUUCUUUGAAAGCAGGUUCUCUGCAGAACACAGUUCAAAUCUUGAGAGAGUACCUGGAAAUAGAGUGGGAAGCUAAACGAAAAACACACCGAGAAUUCAGCAAAUCAACGAUGAUGGAUUUCUGUCCCAGAGUCCCGAAACAGGAUAACAGCAGUGAUUGUGGGGUAUAUUUACUGCAGUAUGUGGAAACCUUCUUCCAGGAUCCUGUUGUUAACUUUGAGCUACCAAUGCACUUGGAGCGGUGGUUCCCUCGUCGGGUAGUGAGGAGCAAACGGGAAGAAAUUCGAGACCUGAUCUUGCAACUGCACUUGCAACAGCAAAGCGGCAGCAGCAGCUAAUGAAUCUGUUCAGCCAAACCUGGCACAAACAUUUACAAAAAAAUUGCUGGAAAGCUGCUUAGGAGCAUUUAGACUCUUCCUUAUGAGAAAGAAAAAAUGCCACAUAGUAUUUUUGUUCAUUUGUUGUAAAUUUAUUCUGAGGCUUUAUAUUUGAAUUGUAUGGUUAGAGGGUGCAAGGGAGGAGUGGGUUUAGGGUUUAGAUAAAGUAUAAAUAUGUAAUUUAAAAUUAAUAUUUGUUGGCUAAUUGAAUUUUCAGUUGGAAUCUGGAAGCAGCAUACAGGUAUGUGCCGUAAAGAUGUGAAAAUAUUUUAAUUCUAAGGAGUGUGUUCCUCACCAUUUGUUACAUUCAUGUAACUCUGGGAGCAGAGUAAGCAUAUAGGUGUCAUAUGUGAUGCCUCCUUGUUUAACUUGACGACUGAUGAUAUCUCAGACCUAUUAUUGUAAGUUUCCCCAUUUUGCGAUUCUCGUGUAUAGUAUGAAUACUAUGUAUUUUUUAGUUUGAGAAUAUAGUACUGAAUCUCUUUAGAGAUGCCUUUUGUGGUAUAUUUUUGUAAUAAACUGAAUCAAGAGUAACCUGCACCCAACAGGAGAUCAGUCUGUUGAGAAUGGAAAUUACUGUUUAAGUGUUUCCAUCAUAAAACUUAUUUUCAAAGGAGUUGAAAACAUUUGCUCCAGGGUGAAGCUUAGCCUCGCAAGGUGAAAAGUGGACUUUCUUCUAUAUUUUUAAAUCCUUUUUUUCCUUAACCAAAUUUUUAGAAAAUGGUCUUGAUUUUAAAAUAUAAAUACAUGCUGGUUGCAAAGACAGUAAAUUAAAUCCUAUUCAUCUUACUCUUGUGGGUUGUCCUAUUGACUCUGAUAGGAUGACUUGCAUGUGUAUAAGACAAGCAAGGUUUGGCCCAGUAUGUUAGUUUUAGGGGCUCUAAUGUGAAAUAUAUGCACAUGCCUUCACUCAAAAAGACUCAUAAUAUGCAUAUAUGUAAUAUGUCUUAAGAAACUGCAUACAUAUUACAGUGUCCAUUCCUGCAAACAAUUAGGUCUGUACAUAACUUUACUGAUGGGAGUUGGUCCUAUUGAAUCCUAUUGAGUAAAGAUACUUGGAUGUUUAAGAGUUUGAACUGGGCCUUUAUUUGAUAAGCUAGAACAAGUGAGUGUAUAUAUAUUUAGCCAGUUUUUCAAAGAGAUGUUAGUCACAGAAAGGUUUAAUGACCUUUUAAUAUAUGUGUAUUUCUCCCAUGGUCACUAAUGGGAGAUAGGUGGCUGUGUUGAAAAGGAGCUUUCUUAUGUUCUCUGUGGUAAGUCAGUACAUGUUUCAGAGCUGCCUUUGAAAGAAUUGUAUUUCAAUUAAUCAGCAACACUUCUUCCCCUCCCACCCCAGCAUAUGUUUUAAAGCAGCAUUGCAGCUGAGAACCAGAAAAAGUUGGAGCCUUCAACUCUGAAAGUGAAUUGCAGAACUAAAAUGAAAAUGGAGGGAAGGCCAGAAAUGUGUUGAAUGCUCCUAGAACCGAGGCUCAGGGCCAGAUCCUCAGCUGGUGUAAACCAGUGCAACUCAGUUGACUUAAUUUACAUAAUUGGGAGGAUCUGGCCUUCACUGUAGGAGUGCACUCAGCACAGAAAUGCAUUCUGUCUCAAACCAGGAAGUGCUGGAUGAUUUUACGGGGUGAGGAAAAAUAUUUUUAAACCAAGUUUCUUUGCUGAGUGUCAUUACCUUCUGCCUAUCUUCAGCUAGCUUAGUGGGGGCAGUCCUUAUGCAUUUCUGAGCUUAACAUCAUUUCCUUUUUAGUUUUGCAGUUGACCGUUUCAAGCUUAAACUAUAGCAACUUCAUUUCUUAUUUGCAUGGGUUAAGAGCAUCAGUCUUAGCCUCCAUGAACGUGUGUUGCUUUCCUUACCAUAACCACAGCAUCAGAAUGAUUAUAGAUGUAAGUUUUUGUAUUUAUUGUAGACAUGGAUAAAAGGCUAAGUAAAUAAAUGUAUAUGGUCACACUAA